AUGCAGUGUUCAAUAUGUGGAUUUUGUGACGCAUCGUCAACCGGUUACGCCGCCGUGGUGUAUUUUAGAGUAAUUGAUUUAUCGGGCAACCCUAGUGUUUCGUUGCUUGGAGCACGAUCAAAAAUAGCACCAGUGAAGUCAACAACCAUUCCGCGUUUGGAACUAUGUGCGGCACUUUUGCUCGCCCGCUGGUUGGCCCGUAUUACAGUUACCUUGAGCCUUAAAUUACACCUCACCGAUGUACAUGCCUGGUCAGACUCCACAACGGUGUUAAGUUGGCUAAAGCAUCCGCAUGAAUCAUUUAAAAUAUUCGUCUCGAAUCGUAUUUACAAAAUUCACUCGCUGGUGCCUAAAUGCCAGUGGUAUUACAUAGAAUCUGCCUCCAACCCAGCCGACUGUGGUUCGCGAGGACUCACUCCGUCGGAUUUCAUUAAACAUGAUCUCUAUUUCAACGGUCCACCAUGCCUGUCUUUGCCACCUCAACAAUGGGACCAGUAUAUCCCAAUUAACACAGCUGAUCAAUUGCCUGAAUUUAAGAUAGAAUCUGCAAAGGUGCUGGUCACACAAGAAGAGACAUUUGAGUGGUAUGAGCGUUUUUCCUCUUAUGUACAAGCUGUUUGA